AUCCUCCAACUUAUUCAAGUAUGGCUACCACGAUGCAAGACAUGUUCUGCACGCGGGAAUUAUCCUCAAGCUAUCAAGGUACUUUUAACGCUAAGUAUACUGCAUGAACCGGUGUUCGUUUCGAGUAGUCCUUCUUUCCAUCACGCUAUCUGUUGCUCUUUAGCAAGCGAAUAGCGGGGUGGACGGAGGACUACUGGAUUCGUUCUGAGAUUAUACGGUUUCAACUUGACCUGGAUAAUACCAGCGGAAGGAUCAUGCCAUUCUUGCUCCCUCUGUGAGGACAAACUUAACAGAUGAUAGGUUUCGACCCUCUGUAAAAGGCUCCAAAGAUGUCUCCUCCCGCCGCUACCUUCGAUAUCCCCGUUGAUGUCCACCGCAAUGGCACUGACAACGGCGUGAACGUCAAGAAAGACCUCGCUGUCAAGCCUUCAGCCAAUGGCGUGGCGAAGACGCUCGCGGAGAUUGAGAACAACUGGGAGACGUUCACGUUCGCUCCUAUCCGCGAGUCGCAGGUCUCUCGUGCUAUGACCCGCCGCUACUUCACCGACCUUGACACCUACGCUGAAUCCGACAUCGUCAUUAUCGGCGCUGGGUCCUGUGGCCUCAGCGCCGCCUACACGCUCGCAUCCAAGCGUCCCGACCUCAAGAUCGCUAUCAUUGAAGCGGGCGUCGCCCCUGGCGGAGGCGCCUGGCUCGGUGGCCAGCUGUUCUCCGCCAUGAUAAUGAGGAAACCUGCUCAGCUCUUCCUGAACGAGCUUGGCGUGCCGUAUGAGGAUGAGGGCGACUUUGUGGUUGUCAAGCACGCCGCCCUCUUCACGAGUACGCUGUUGAGCAAGGUACUGCAGUUCCCAAACGUGAAGCUGUUCAAUGCUACGGCGGUUGAAGAUCUUAUCACGAGGCCGGCUCCUACGUCACAGGAUCCGAACGCGGUCCGUAUUGCGGGUGUCGUUACGAACUGGACUUUGGUCUCCAUGCAUCAUGAUGACCAGUCCUGCAUGGACCCCAAUACCAUCAACGCGCCGCUCAUCAUCUCGACUACCGGCCAUGAUGGUCCCUUUGGCGCCUUCAGUGUUAAGCGCCUCGUCUCAAUGCAGCAGCUCUCCAAGCUCGGCGGCAUGCGCGGUCUCGAUAUGCGCACUGCCGAAGACGCCAUCGUCAAGCGAACUCGCGAGAUUGUGCCGGGCUUGAUUGUGGGCGGCAUGGAGCUUAGUGAGGUUGAUGGUGCCAAUAGGAUGGGCCCUACAUUUGGGGCCAUGGUCUUGAGUGGCGUCAAGGCUGCUGAGGAGGCUGUGGGUGUGUGGGAGGAGAGGAAGGCUCAGAACGACCAGUAAAGUAGUCUGAGGCUUUUUGUCUGCAAGGUCGAUGGAUCGAAGAAGUUGAAGGAUGAGAAAUGCUGUCAUUACUGGACCUCUGAAUAAAUAUACAAGUCACUCUUUAUCUUCUUGACCUGAUGCAGCACGAGAAUAGGAGCCUCUCCUGGGCACCAUGUUAGGCAUUGUUCAGUGUUCAAGUUCUGUCUCGACGAUGCAGGCUUUGUCU